AGAUAUGACGUCUGGGCACAAGUCGAGUAAUCACGAGUUGACAGCUGCGAAAAUUUAACAAAAAUUAAAACUAGUAAAGCCCAAAAAUAUGCCAAUAUAAAAUCCCUCUCGACCACUCCAUCAGUUCUCAGUUAUCAUGAGCUGAACUUUGAUAAAGUUGUGGUCUCGUCUGCUGCUGAAGCAUGGGCAAUAAUGAGAAUGCCAUCAAAUGUAUCGCUGUCGUAGCGAUCAUUGUAGUCGUACUCAUUCUUAUUCUUGUGCCUUCGUCUUUCCAUGGGGUUGAAUAUUAUCAGUUUGGUUUUACCAGACGGAAAUCAACCGGCACCGUGAAUACCGACGAAGUCUUUACAACUGGCAACUAUUUCAUCGGCAUUGACUACGAGUUCAAGAUCUUUCCAGCCGACGCCCACUUUGUUGAUUUGACCUCUGUUGCAGUUUUCACCAGUGAUAGAUUAGAGGUCCGGCUUGACUGCACAUUCCAGUACUUCUUGCGUCAGGAAGACUUGAAGGAUCUUCACGACACUUACGACAUCCAGUACAAGGACAUCCUGCGCACCAACGCCAUCGAUGAGCUGAAGGGCGCCACUGUGGACUUCAGCACGCGCGACUUUGGCGACAAACGGGCCGAGAUUGAGAACACUCUGUUUGAUGCCGUCAGGAAACGGCUGGGAGGAAUCUGCUGCAAGCCGGGUUGUAAGAACUCGGCUGAAGGCUGUGAAGACAGGUGCAAGCCCGUGGAGGACUGCACCAAGGAAGACAAGGGGUUCUUUGCGGACGUCCGCUAUUUCCAGUUGGGUUAUGUAGACAUCCCCAAUGACGUCAUCAGCCGCAACCUGCAGACUCUGACUCAGCUGGAAGAUGGGUUCCGCGAAAAGUACAUCCAGGAUGCCCAGCUCGCGAGGAAACUCACCGAAGAAAUUGUGAAAAAAAUUGAAAACUCGGCCGAGGAGAUUUCCCAGAAUGCCACAGCCCAAGCAGCGCUGAUCCUCUCCCAGGCGAAUGCCGGGGCCCGGGCGAUCGUGGAGGGUUCCUUCAACCGCGGCCUGGCCAAGAUCUACACGGACCUCAGCAUCACGGAUCAAGACCAGAAAGCCUCGCUGAAUUACAUCCGAACGCUGCGGGACCAGGAGAACGCAUUCUUGACGGUCAACUUCAAUACCCUGGUGACGGGACCGGUCUAUAGGGGACAGACAUAGAACAGGCCAUAGUGGCCACAGUAUACCAAAAUCUUGUUUCUGGUUUAGUUGGUCAAACAGUGGAACAGUGGCCACAGCAAAAAAAAAUGAAUUGGUUCUGGUUUUACAACGUAUCGUUGAAAGUAUGCUUCACUAUAUUUGGGCAUUUGUGACCAAGAGGGGGAGGCCUUCAAUAAAAAAAACCUGUCUCCCACCAAAUUAAAGUAGGGGUGGAAAACAACUUAGCUUAAACCAGAAACAAGAUUGUUUUUUUUAAAGGAUUAUCGUAUCUUUAUCCAUUUAUCACUUCGGCAUCUGUCAGCAACUUCAUUUUUCAGGCUCAUGGAUGUGUCUGGCAUCCCGAUGGUGCAUGUACAAAGCUAAUGUACUUUCUGAGGUUGCCUGACUCUUCACUGAUCCCAAGCAUUUCCCUAAAUGAACAUUUACAAUCUGGACAGCUGAUUCUGACAUUUAUGCCAAUGUAAACAACAGGGAGGGGAAAAGAGCGCUCACAGAUUUGAAGAUAUAGCAAGCGUCUUUAUUUCUACGACCUGGUUAUUUUUGAGGGAGCAAUACAGUGCUAUGAUUGAAUAAUUUGGCUACGGCUAGAAUUGCACAUAAACCUAUGGAAGCCACUGAAGCCGCUUCUCAAAGACCCAUGUUUUUAGAUACAGCCUAACUUGAGGUCAGGUGAUCCUCGGUUUUCAUUGUCAAUGGAGGGCGCUCUUUCGAAAUUAAAUCCAUCCGGGGACUUUACACGUAAGAAAUUUGGAAGAUUGUAUCGGUCUCUGGAAUUGCUAGGAUUACAGUAGAAUGCCACUAUAACAAACAUGAUGGGGUCCAUGAAAAGUAUUCAUUAUAGUGGUUGUUUGUUAUAGUGAUUGUACAUUAUGAUAGAAUUUGAUAUUUCAGGAGCCGAAAGGGGUGUUCGUUAUAGUGGCGUUUUACUGUAUAUGAUCCGCUUGAAAAAAAUAUGAAGAGCAGCUGCAAUUUGUAGAGCAUUUAUCCACCCACCAAUGACCUUUUUUUCUAUGAACUGUGUAAUUACUUGCAAUGUACUCGUCUAUAGUUUUUUCAAAGAUUUUUCUACCGAGUCUUCAGUGCCACUAAGAACACCCGUUCAGGCAACUGUAAGUUAGUUUUGUAACGCGGGUAGAAAAUUUGUCAGUUUGUGAUUGGCAGUUUAGAUUUCAGCUAUAAUUGUAAAUGGUAUUCUGAUUCAGUUUUGGUAAAUCAAAAGGUUUUUCCAUUACGAAGCUUUCAGCUUUACUGUAUUGGUUUGUGCUGGUCCCAGAGAGCCGGCCUAUUGUCCUCUAUGUACCUAUCUCACUGACUGACUGACUGACUGUCGCUUGUCAGCUGGGCAGUUCUAUCUUAUAGGGUUACCCCGUAACACUAAUGAAUAGGCAAAAUCCAGCCCUUGAGUAGACCAGAUACGUCAAAACAUCCAGUGAGUAGCCAUUUUGAAUCGACUGAAUAGAAUGUAUGCACUCUGGGGCCAGCUCUACUAGGCUUGCUUUGUCCUUUUCCCCUUUUGAGGAAAAACUGGGCAUUUCUUUUUGACCUUUUUCAAAAUGUGUUCAGCAUUUAUUCAAAUUCAUGUUUUUAUUCAGUGCUUUAUCCCACGUACUAGUUGACAUAGUUUAAAGAAAUAAUUCCUCGUUUAUAUUUUAUAUAUUACAAGGACUUUGAAAUCCUUAAUCCUGAUUGUAUCAUUCAAUAAUGUGUAAUUCAUUCAUAUUUUCAUAGGUAUUCUCAUGAUGGGGUCAUAAUUAGUACAUAUUUACUCAGGUUUUUUCUUUUUCAUUUUAAGAAACUACUAAGUUAGAAUGUAUAUACUUUUGAUGAGUUUUGUAACUACUAGUCCUAAUUGUUAAUACAUAAUCAAUUUAAAUUCUAAAUAAUUUAACACAUGCUUCAUUGAAAUGGUGUGAAAUACACUACUGUAUAUACUUUAUUCACAACUUGGCCAUAUUAGACUUCAGUUACCUGUCGUUAAUAAUUAAUUUCCAGCGCCUGGAGUACCUAAUUGUUGGUAUAUAUGUGCGCAAUAAGACUCCGGUAUUAUUAUUAUUAUUAUUAAAUUGAGAGCGAGGUAAAGUUCAUUACAAAUUAAUAUUACCAGUCUGCUCUGAUGAAUAGUUUAAAAUUUGUGAGUAAACAUACCGUUUUGAACCACAUUUAAAAAAAAAAAAAAUUAAAGUGAGGCUUGGAACGCACUCUAAUCAUA